UGACUUACUGUACAUGCAACGCCGCGUCAGUGGCUGUUGGAUUUUGGAUUUCGACAUAGAAAUACACAUAUUCUAAGAACACCGCCAUAAAUAAUUUGGGAAAAGAGUGACGUAACUUAUUCAUUGUUAUUAUUCAGCGAUGGGGCGGUCAUGGAAGCUGUGCCGCUUCAGUGUGGCUGUGUUGGUUGUGGUGGUGCUGGCCCAGCUUGCGGCAGUCGCAGCACCAGGCUGGCUUAUCGCCGUGGAGGGAAACCAUGAGACGCACAUAGGCCUUUUCUACAAAGUCCGGUGCGAGACGUUGAACGAGAACCGCUGCCAGACAAUUUCCUUCAGGGACGAGUACGUUAGGGACACCAGGCGUAAAGCUGAGCUCGGCAGGAAAACAAUCGCCGCUUUAGACUACAACUACAACGUCGCUGUGUGGCGGCAGGUGCUAUUGACGUCGGCCGUUGGCUGCUCCCUAGUCGCGCUUCUCGUGCAGCUUGGUCGUCGGGUGGUCGACAAAAGGCAUGUGCGCAUCAUCAUCCUCUCCAUAGCCCUCAUCGCCCUCUCAGCCGGGCUGAUGCUUUCGGUGACGUCUAGCUACAUCGUGGAUUGUAUGUACCAGAUGGAGCUGUUGUCCUUUGACACCCCCAGGGACCACACGUACCUCGCUUUCCCCUACUCCAUCGCCCUGGCCCUUGGAUCCGUCCUCCUCCAGUUCAUAGGCAUUCUCGUCCUCGGGGCUCACAUCUUUGAGCCCAAGGUCACAAUAGUCAAAAAAACACGCAGAAUGAGUAUUUCGACCGUGGAGCCCGGCUACACAGAAAAAAAACCGCAGCCACCUCCACCGGCAGUUAAAGCCUCUGAGCAGAAUAUUCCGCCUGCUGCCAUGAUAACAACAGCAACUAGCGCCCCAAAAGCGCCAACAAAAGUAGAGUCAACUCCUUUGAUGAAGACAACUGUUAAUGUGACCAGCUCUCGAAUAAACCCACCGCAACGCAAGGGCGAUACUAGCAACAUAUUGUCGGAAAAGCUUUAGAAUGCAAGCGAAUAUACAUUUAUGUGAGAUUUUUGCUUUGACAUAAUUUAAAAUGACACUUGCCACAAAGGAAAUGAUUAAAGUGAGCGAGAAAUUAAAAUAUCAAACGGAAUGCAUUUAGUGAUUUUAUCAAUCAAACUAUAAAUCAGCCCUGUGUACGAGUAAGAAAAUCAUAGAUCAUACUAUAUAAAUGAUCAACUGCCAUCGGUUUUGAUGUUUAAUCUUAAAUCUCAAAAUUAUCAUUGACACGUCCUUGUAAAGAGGCUCUUAAGGAAUAGUAGACACAUGAAGCAAAUCUAAGUAAGUCUCGUCAACACAACAUAUAAACAGUCGAUGAUAAAAUAGCAAUCAAUGCCAGCCACAAACGUACGUGAACAUCAUUUUAUCACGCACGUGGUUAACAACAGAGGAAUAAGGUACAACGAAAGUUACACUGUAAAUUUAUCAAAGAUAAAAAAAAAUCUCAUUUAUAUAAUAAAACAACGAUACACAUAUAUGUUCAAUUCUUUGCUGUUUUCUUAAAGUGCUAUUCGUUUGUUGACACGAGAUAAAGGUGUAUUACACAUCCUAGACCAACAUCCAACGUCUGACAUUCACUGCGGAAUAAUUGAGAAACCCUUGCCAUUUCACCUGACACACCGUCAUAAGUUGUGCAUUUCCCGACGCCAAGAAUGACACGUAGGUUUCUGUUCUGAACCGCAUUGAUGCUUGAAGAGUUUACAUCCCAGAUAGCUGCAAUGUAAUUGAAUAAGCAAUAGAGCCAUAGUAUGCGCCAUAAGGCAUACCCCAGCCAAGGCAUACCACAGCAAAUUUAACACUUAAUCAUAAGAAGUCCAAGGGCCCUGUCAGCAUUCUAAGGAAAAGGAUAUGAUGAUUGUUCCUGCCACGGAUACAGUUGGUAACUAGUACGUUGUACAUAUUGAGGACGAACGUGAACUAUGUUUCUCUAAGUAUUAUACAGUUUGGUUUGAAGCUAACAGAAGAAUGCCAAUGCAUUUACAUAUAAUUUUGCAAUGUAUGUCAUCUACGAAUGUAUCCAAUAAUAAUGGGAACAUCGUUCAACGUUAUCUUAGACAUGGAGAAAUAAUCUGAACAAAAGAACUGACGGUGUGCGACAUAACAGCUUGAAAUAUUUUACCAGGUAUUCUUAUGGCCUCAUUGAUCCCUAUACAUACGAAUCUUGAAUAAAUGAAUAAAAGCUGCA